AACAAAUGCAACACCUCAAUACCAUGCAAAUUGAAGAAUGGCAUAAAAUUCCAUAACAUAAUCAUAUAUGUGUCACUCUUUCUCUCUUUCUCUCAUUCCUAUAAAUCCCACUUUUCUACCACACACAUUCUCCAUUCUCCACAUCUUCAACUCAAUCUACUCACAAAAAAACACACUUAAUUUCCCUUCUUUUCAACACAAAAAAAAAAGCUUCAGAAAAUGGCUAAGUGUACAACAAGAGUGUUUCUUCUAAGUUUCACCAUUGCAAUGGUGUUGUUGAAUGGGUGCAUGGGUCAGGGUCGGGCGCGUGAGAAUGAGUGCCAAAUCGACCGGUUAACCGCCCUCGAACCGAGUAAUCGGAUUCAGGCUGAAGGUGGUUUAACUGAGGUUUGGGAUUGUCAGGACCAGCAGUUUAGGUGUUCUGGUGUUACUGUUAUUAGGCGUACCAUUGAGCGUAAUGGUCUACUUUUGCCUUCUUUUACUAGUGGCCCUGAGCUCAUUUACAUUGAGCAAGGGAAUGGAAUAAGCGGGUUGAUGAUCCCGGGUUGCCCCGAGACCUUCGAAUCGCUCUCAACACAAGAGGCAUGGAGAGAAGGCAUGGAACGAGGUAUGAGAGGCGGCCGCUUCCAAGGCCAAGGCCAAGGCCAAGGCCAAGGCCGCCAGGGCCGCUUCCAAGACCAACACCAGAAGAUCCGACACCUCCGACAAGGCGACAUCUUCGCGAUGCCAGCCGGAGUUGCUCAUUGGGCCUACAACAAUGGGGAUGAACCUCUUGUUGCUGUUAUCCUUAUUGACACCUCUAACCAUGCUAACCAACUUGAUAAGGAUGUCCCCAGGAGAUUCUACUUGGCGGGUAACCCCGAACAAGAGCAUGAACAACAGCAAGGACGCCACCACCAACGUCGCGAAUUCCAAGAGCAAGGACAACAACAACAACACCACCAACGCCGCGGCGGAGAAUCCCGAAGAGGCGGCCGCCAAUCCGACUCCGGCAACGUAUUCAGCGGCUUCGACACAAGGACCCUAGCUCAAUCAUUCGGCGUCAGCGAAGAAAUUGCUCAAAGACUCCAAGCCGAGCAAGACGAAAGAGGCAACAUUGUGUUGGUUCAGGAAGGUCUACAUGUGGUCAAGCCACCAAGCAGGUCAUAUGAAGAGAGAGAAGAACGUAGCCGUGGCUCGCGCUCGAGGUACGGUUCGAUGAACGGGUUGGAAGAGACUAUUUGCUCGGCUCGGUUAAGUGAGAACAUUGAUAGACCAUCUGAGGCUGAUGUUUACUCUCCUGAGGCUGGAAGGCUUACUACUCUUAACAGCUUUAACUUGCCUAUUCUUAGCUUCCUUCGUUUGAGUGCUGAGAAGGGUGUCCUCUACAGGAAUGCAAUCAUGGCACCACACUACAACCUAAACGCACACAGCAUAAUCUACGGUGUCCGAGGACGAGCACGCAUCCAAAUCGUGAACGCACAAGGAAACUCGGUCUUCGACGAUGAGCUACGACAAGGCCAAAUAGUAGUAGUCCCACAAAACUUCGCAGUCAUCAAGCAAGCCACCGAGGAAGGGUUCGAGUGGGUCUCGUUCAAGACUUGUGAGAACGCUUUGUUCCAGACUCUUGCAGGAAGAACAUCCGCCAUCCGUGCCAUGCCCGUUGAAGUCAUCUCGAACAUAUACCAGAUAUCUCGCGAGCAGGCUCACCGCCUCAAGUUUAGCCGGUCUGAGACCACUUUGUUCCGCCCUGAGAACCAAGGGUACCAAAGGAGGGAGAUCGCUGCAUAAGAAACAAUGCACAAGCUGCUAGUUAUGAGAUGAGAUGGUCUAGUCAUUCACAUUGUUAAGUAAUGUGAAGGUUUUUAGGUUUGGGUUUUUUUAGGAUGGGUAAAAUAAAAGGCAGUCCUCUCUAGCUAGAAGGGCCCCUUGUUUUGUUGAGGUUUCUACUUGUAUAAAACUUUUCAAUGAAUCAAUGUUGAGUUCCUCCAUCUAAUAAAAUUUUGCAAUUCUCAAUCUAAUAUGGGUAAUUCGUGCUUAUAAAUAAUGUUUUGAUUAACAGAUUAAACUUAAGCCUGUGUUAAUCGGAUAAGUAACAACCUAAUUUGUUGGAGCCUUCUGCACUGAAUACGACCAUUAACGAUGGCGUGGCUACUUGCCUACUUAGUGGCUACUUGGC